AUGGCUUGCUGUGUCGCCCGCUGCUGCAGCGUCCCCACCGGCCCUGCCACCACCAUCUGCUCCUCUGACAAGUCCUGCCGCUGCGGCGUCUGCCUGCCCAGCACCUGCCCACAUGAGAUCAGCCUCCUGCAGCCCACCUGCUGUGACCCCUGCCCCCCACCGUGCUGCCAGCCUGAAGUCUACGUGCCAACCUGCUGGCUGCUCAGCUCUAGCCACCCAACUCCCGGCAUGAGUGGCAUCAACCUGACCACCUAUGUCCAGCCUGGCUGUGAGAGUCCCUGUGAGCCCUGCUGUUGA